AUGAAACAAUGUUGUAGAGCAAAACUGUUUAUCGAGAUAUGUCAGAUCUUUGUGGGGGCACGAGCUAGGAACUAUCCAGCAGAAUGUCACCGUUAUCACCUGCCGACCACUACCCACCAGCCAUCACGGCAGUUAGAAGGCGCGAAGCCCCAAGCAUGUCCCUUCAUCUGUGAGCAUAUCACUCCACACCAGCGCACGCGCCCCGGAUCCAGCCCCAACCCAAAACCACCGCUCGCACCACACCGUUCUCCUGAAACACCUCCUCACAAUUUGCACGAGCAGGCUCGACCGCCACCAGACCCAAGCGGCCCCGAGACCAUGUCACCCCCCGGAGCACCACACGCAACCACGCGCCGACAAAUCCGCCCCGCAUACCACAACCUAAUUUCUCGCGUUCACACUGGUACUCCAGCCCUCUGUUUAUGCCCCUUGUGGCCGCAAAUAUCUAUUCUCAUACUUAUGCAGUUGGAGGAUAAUUUCUUCCACAAUAACCCAUCAUCUGUCAGGAAAACAACUGAGUUUGUUAUUGAACGUGUAUCUUCAAAUGUAAUUAAGAAGAUUCGAACAAAGAUAAUUCCAGAGCAGAGGGAAGCAGCCCUUGAAAAGUUAAAAGCUAUAAUUGAUGAGCAGAUGAAGAAUUCACCCCAAACAGUUGAGAGAACAAGGGACAUAGUACAAAAACAGGUGAUGGACCUGAGUCAAGAGCUUGCUCAACAUAUCCGCGCCCAGUGCACUCAGGUUACUCACCAAGAAUGCCAGGGCGAGGUCUUGUCUUCGCUAACCUUCCUGAUGCCUCCAGAUAUGACUCCGCAGGCAUUAGAUGUGUGCCGGAAAAUUGUAAGUCGAAGCUGUCAGGAGAAGGUAUUGGCAUGGGUCCAGUCACAUUUGACUCCUGUACUCUUUUCCAAGGACCUCUCAGCUGAUGGUGACCGACUCCUUCGGCAGGCACAGAAGGCUGCUGAUUUUCAGGCAGCAGCCUUGCAGAAUUCCCUCAAUGACACGUCUCUCUCCAACUUGGACACAUCGGAGGCCUCAGCUACUAUGGGAACAGAGAGCAGCUUUACUGGCAACCAGUCGGGUCUUUCUCUCACGGAUCAUCCCCUUAAUUCUCCAACAAACCAUCCACACAAGUUAUGCCCAUUGCCAAAGAAGCCAACGAAUCCCACAGAAACUCUUCCAAUAACUGCAUCUGAACACAUUGAGUCAUUACCCUCGCCAUCAAAGAUAAUCAUGGAUAUUAAGGAAAUGGUCAGAAUAAUAGUCUUAAGGGACACAGCAGAUUCUGACUGUAAGCCAAGUGAGGAGGGUGUCGGCCGCCUGCUAGGAGAUAUCCGGGGAAUCCUGACUGGACGGCAGGACGUCAACCUGACUGUAUUCAGGGUGCUUGAGAGCUUGACUGUGGACUUGGCUGUGUCUUUGGCGGUCUGCCUACCAGACAUGAUGACCCCCAAGAUACAGGAAACCUUCAUAGAGCUCUGGCAACCACUGGAUAAGAAUGGAGUUAUCCCGUCCCCAUGUGGCCUUGCUUCACCACUGAAUCCUCGCACAGUCAUGCUCAUUGCCCAGAGUCCGAGCGCCAGCCACCAGAGGGCGUCAUGGGCUAAGUUGGAAAAUUUUCUCACUGCACUUCUGAUAAACAAGCUGGUAACACCUGCAAGUCUACAAGAGCAGUGCAUUGCCCUCUUGAGACACUCUUGGCCCCAGGAAAUUCUGACAGGAAUGUCUUCAUGUAUUGAGGCUGUUUCGAAGGAAGCCCAGAAGAACAAGGACCUCUGUGGAAACCCAACUUUGGUGCAGCUGCUGGAGUGGGUUGGUUGGGUGUGCGGCCAGAUGGAAGAUUUCCCCGAUGUGUUAUAGCAAACCUUUACAAAGAGAGAGUUGUCACCCAGUUUUUGGGUGGGUACAAAGUUGAGGGUCUAUGUUGCAGUUUGGCUUGCGUAGACAUGAGAAUGGUGAUAUUCAUAUACAGGAUAUUUUAAGGCUUAACUUAUCUUUUUUCACCCUUCCUUUGAGAAAUGUACUAUAGUCAUUUUCUUCAGACAUUCAUUUUCAUUUUCAUUUUAGUGAAAGAUGAAAGCAAACAUGCUGAUAUUCUUUUUAUCCAUAUGUAUGCACACACACACGUAGACACUUUCGUGCGCUUACACAUACCC